AGGGCCGAGACCACCGCAACCGCGGCAAGUAGCGCGAGCGCAGCAAGCACCGCCGCCAUCGAAUGCGCCGCUGAUGCUAGCGACAUCGAGCCCGAAACCACGCUCGAGGCCGUGUUCGCUGCCGUUGUUGAGGACAUACAGGAGCGGGUCCGUGUCCGUACGAUGAUGGCUCUCCAGCGCCGCCAGGAGCAGGCAGGUCUCGACCUCGCCACGCGGCGCUGGCUAGAUGACCAAGAGGCCCAGUUGCGUGCCGAGCACUUAAGCGCCAAUUCUGCUCUGGACAAAUGCACCCUUGAUCAGGUGGUCGCGGCGGGCCUGCACCACGCAUGGUGGAAUGACCUGCAUGGCGACGCGGUCGCCGGGCUUGGUGAGUGCCUCGCUAAGCUCGGCCUGGACAGUGUCCACAACACCCGGGCCCCUGCCCCGCCCAACUCCCCGGCCUCGGUCUUCCCCGACGCGCUCUCAAGAGAGGACGAGCAAGACCUAGUCAACAGUGCGGUGCAGGCCAUCACGGACGCCACCGACAGCGUUGCGUGUGCUGUCUGCUCACGCUCUGUCGCCGCGUCCGACGUCGAGCUCAUCUCUCUCGCCAACCCUUCGCCGGCCUUUGUCGAGCGCCCAGACCGCACGCCAUGCUGGUCACGCAGACCCCCGUUCAGUCGGGAAGGGGCCCAAAUGCGGUCUUGUCAUGUACCAGAUGGUCCGCAAGCUCACGGUGCCCAUUACUGCCCAGCUGCCAGCUAGUUUGGUCAAUCCCGUUCCCAUCGGACAUCGCAAGGCCACUUGGAACAACUCGCCCUCACCACUCACCCCCUACCUCCACGCCGCACACAUUCACGUCAUCGACGAGGUCUCCAUGCUCUCCAUCACAACCCUUACCUGCAUCCACUGCGCCUUGUGCAAGGCGAUAUGCCUCCCUUUGACUCCAACACCCCUCUCUUCGGCGGUGCGAACGUGGUCUUUGUCGGUGACCUCGCUCAGCUCGCCCCAGUCCUCGCCCACCCUGUCUACAUCCAUUUCGAAACCGACCUCAGCACCAGACAGCGCGCCCAGCGCGCCGCUCGCCUACACAAUGCAACCACAGAAUUUGAAGACAUCGGUGUCAACCUCUGGGCCGCUGCCUCGGCUACAGUCGUCAUCCUUAAGAUCAACAACAGAGCCCGCAGCGACCCAGCCUUUGCCCAUCAACUCGCCGUCGCACGCAACGGCAACUUCGCCCCAAACGGCUCCGUCGCCAAACUCAUCCGCAGCCGCACCUUCGCCACCGCCGCCGACCGGGCGAAGGCUAUCGCAACCGCCCUAACAACUGCCUCUGCCCUCGACACUCGAAUCAUUGUCUGCUCGAACGCUGCUCGCGUUGCUUGGUAUACCACCAUUUAUGCUCGCAUCGCCGCAGCUGCACACGCUGCCGAAGCCCCGCCGCCCAUCAUGGUUGAAGCCGUCAUCUCCAUCGCUCGCUCCCCACCUCGCGACUCAACCCGCAACCUUCUCCUUCGCCUUCCCGGCUCAAGCGCCACUUGCUACUACGACAUGCGUGUCCCGCUCGCCAUCGGAACUCCCGUCAUGUUCAUCGACAACAUCGCCACCUCCGCUGCCAUCUGCAACGGCACAACUGGUAUCGUCGUCGGCGUCGUCUUCCCUGACAACGUCACAUUCGUACACAAGAUCCUCUCUCGCUCCGUCCCCAACUCGGUCGUACGCAUCCCCAACACCCUUCCUGCUGUGGUCUACGUCGACGUUCCGUCCCUCCGUGGCCGCACCUCACACCUACCAGGCGUCCCCGACACCUUCCCCACUUCCGUUGUCGCUGUCGUGCCUCGCGCCGCUUCUGGAUGCCGGCUCACCGUCCCUUCAGCCAACAGAACUGCACAUGCCCCAACCAAGAUCAACUUCUCCCUUCGCCAACUGCCCAUUGUCGCCGCUUUUACCUCCACCGUCCACAAGGUCCAAGGCACUAGCCUCUCCGUCGCCAUCAUCCCUGCCUUUGCCGAGAAGACCAUCUCACCCAACGCGACUCUCUCUGCUCAGGCUCUCUACGUCGCCAUGUCCAGAGCACGAACUAGCAGUGGCCUCAUCUUCUUCCAGUCGCCCACAUUCAACUAUCUCAACCGCCUCAAGUUGCCUGACAACCUCAAACGCGAGUUGCAGCGCACCACAGCCAACGACGUCGCCCCGCCACUCACCCAGUAGAUAG